AAAAAAAAAAUUAGCAUAUCAGCAGAUAAGAAAGAUAACAAGUAAACCUAACCUAAAGCAUUGAAUUACAAUACAAUUACAGUUUCAACGGACUUGUUUUCACAGAUAAAGCCAUUAAUUUGAAAAUGGCUGAAGCUAUGGAAAAGGAUCGGAGUCAAGAUGGGUCGGACAACUCUGGCAAUGAAAGCACCGGCUCGGAUUGGUAUACUAAAGGAGAUUACGGGCCUGAUGAAGACGAUAUAGAGUUGAUUAAAAACAACAGUGAAAGAGCAUUUGAAUUUCAAACUGCCGCCGCGGCAUUAAAGGGCAAUUCGGACUAUCGUAGUCUGCUCAAGACUCUAGCUCUGCUUGAAGCUCAGAGAGCUAAAACAAUAGAGGACAUAGAAAAACUACAGAACAUGAAACGUAAAGUGGUAGAAAAUCCCCGAGAGUAUUUACGUAAAUUUGUAAAUGGUGAAAGUUCUGAUAUUCCUCCUCGAAUAACUAUGGCUAAGAUUCCAGAGAUAGAUUGGUCGAAAUACAGUGUCAAACCCACCGAAGGAGACAGCGCAAGAGAAACCAACAACCCGUCAGUAUCGUGUACGAAGACGGAGGAAGACGUGACCAGUGACGUAACGGAGGAAGGUUCGGACAAACUCACUGUUCGAGGAAGAGUUUAUGAUGAGACUAAACCUCAAACCUUCAAUCAACUGUGGACGGCCGAAGAGCAACUGCGGUUAGAGGAAUUGCUGGUUGAAUUCCCCCCAGAAAAGAAGGAAAACAACCGCUGGAGGAAAAUAGCUCAAGCUUUAGGUAACAGAACUACCAAGCAGGUCUGCAGCAGGGUGCAGAAAUACUUUAAGAAACUCAACAAAGCGGGUUUGCCGAUUCCAGGUCACCAGUUGAAAACAAACUACAUGACUAUGUGCAAGAAAAGAAGAAAGAACCAUUCACAUGGACGGAAAUCUACAUUUUUCCCAACUCAGCACCUUGGAGCUCCCCAGCUACUAGACGGCUGUCAAGAAGAAAUAGAAGAAAUGACGGAAUUGACAGUUUUGACCACCGCCAUGAAAGCGGAAUUGAUUGAAAAAAUUCUUGGUUUCAAAAAGAAGGAUGCUGUAUUGUCCCCGUACUCCCAUGCAGGAAUCAAGUGCGCCGGAUGUUCUAAAAUUCCAUUGCCUGGAACUCGUUGGCGCUGUCUGGUGUGCUCCGCUGUCAGUCUGUGUUCCGACUGUGCCAUCCACCAACUGAAGAUCACUUCUCCCAUCCACCCGCCCUCGCACCCCCUGGAACCUCUGUCCAACCCGUCUCUCACCCACUGGGAUCCGGACUACACUCCAGACUCUUUCAAGAGCACCAACUAUCUGGACCCGAACUUCAUCACCACCAAUGUCGUUUAGUCAAAUUGUAUUAUGGAGAGAGGUAUCCGGUAAGCUAAAUGAGUAAGGCCUAUAAGUGAAUAAGUUUAGUCUCCACAAAGGUAUAAUUCCAAUCUGGAUAAGGAAAUGGUUAAAAGAGGGUACAAACUUCUUGGAAUAUAUUAUAGAUUGUUUCUUGAAAAAAGUAGGCUAAAUUGUUUCGUUUGUGAAAUGCUAUUGAGAAUGUUUUUAUUUAGAGUUUUCUUUGUGGAUGUUAGUUGUGCCUUAUCUCUCUCCUGGAAUAUGGAUAAGUGUUCCUUCUGAAACGCAACUAUUUUAGACUUAAGUCAUUACUUGUUAGGUGAUAAUUAGUGCCUUUUUGAUUAAAAGGGUUAGUAAAUAAAAGGUUUCAUCCGUCCUUUAUGUUUUCCAGUUUAGUUUACGUUUUCACAGUAAAAAGUUACUUGUCAUAAUGUUAUACUUAGUGCUUAGCAAAAGUUUUCUUUGUGCAAGUUGGUCUGUGCUUGAUCUCUUAAAAUAUUAAAUUAAGAGUUCCUCCUGAUAAAUAAAUACCGUAUUUUAGACUUAAUUCAUUAUUUUCAUCAUAAUUAAUAUAGCCUUUUUGAUUAAAAGGGUUAGUAAAAAGGUUUCAUCCGUCUUAUUUAUGUUUUCCGGUCUAAUUUCACAGUAUUUUCAUUAACUUAGUCAUUACAUUACAUAGUUAUCAUUACUUAGUACUAAGUUUAUUACAAUAGACAAUAGACCAAAUCUUUAUGUAAAAAAUGUAUUAAUUAAUACUGUAUUGGAAUAUUCUGCG